AUGACGAGGGGUGCAUUUUUUAGUUUAAGUCAUUUGAUGAGAGAGAGGGGUCUUCUUUAUGAUAGCAAAGCAUUGCUAGUGGAGGAGCAGCUGGUCAUUUUUCUAAAAACAAUUGGCCACAAUGUUAAGAAUCGUAUCAAUGCACAUGAUUUUGGCCAUUCUGGUGAGACCAUUAGUCGGUACUUUAACAUUGUGUUGGCUGCAAUACUUCAAUUGUACCCGAUAUUAAUGAAGCCUUCAAGUACCACAACACAUGAUCGAAUAUCAAGUAACCGUCGAAGAUUCUACCCAUGGUUCAAGGACUGCAUUGGAGUCAUGGAUGGUUCACAUAUCCCAGCGUGGGUUUCAUUUACUUACCUACUUGCUUGUUGGGAAGGAUCAGCAUCAGAUUCUAGGAUAUUAGAUAUUGCCCUUCACAAGGAAGGAGAAGCAAAGCUAGUGGUACCGAGAGGUAAAUACUAUCUUGUUGAUGCUGGAUUUGCCAACAAGAAGGGGUUCUUGAGGUCAUACUAUAAUAUUCGGUAUUAUCUGAAAGAGUGGAGAAACUCUAACAUGCGUCCAGUUGAUAAAAAGGAAUUGUUUAACUUGAGACAUUCAUCGCUGCGCAAUAUAAUUGAACGUGUUUUUUCACUAUUGAAGUCACGAUUUAAGAUCUUGAAAAAUCAGGCAGAAUACCCUUACAAGACUGUUGAAGAUGACGAGGAAUUUUUUGCGCAAGAGAGUGAAGAUGAAGAUUCUAGUUCUGUUGAUGAAACUGAUGAUGAAGAUUCUAGUUCCAUUGAUCAAACUGAUGAUGAAGAUGUUGAUGUUCACACUGUUGUUGAAGAUGCUAAUGUUGAUAAUGUUGACUGGGAACAAUUCCGAGAGGAUAUGGCUGACAACAUGUUUGGUGUUUGGAAUGAAUGA